AUGGUGGCUAUAGGGGGUGGUGCGGCAUCGCGUGUAUUGGGGUGGUGGUCGGUGGUGAUUGGUUUUGGAUUGGGAUGGGAUAGAAAAGAUGAACUCUUAUGCGUGCUAGAUAUCAGUAACAGUCAUUCUGAACGGGAAACACUGAAUAUCAGUUUGAGAGAUUUGCCUUAUCUAUUUUUUCCUCUGCUUGUUGUACAGAGUUUGAGCAGGAAACUGGUCCACAUAUUGUCGGGAUUGCUUUUCUUGGCUGCCUGGCCAAUUUUCAGCACAUCGACAGGAGCUCGCUACUUUGCUUCUUUAGUUCCUCUUAUAAAUUGUUUAAGGCUUUUGAUACAUGGUCUUUCCUUGGCUACUGAUGAAGUACUCGUCAAAUCAGUUACCCGGGAGGGAAAGCCUGAGGAAUUGCUUAGAGGUCCUCUUUAUUAUGUUCUAGUAUUGAUUCUAUGUGCAAUUGUCUUCUGGCGUGACUCUCCUAUUGGAGUGAUUUCGUUGGCAAUGAUGUGCGGUGGGGAUGGUAUUGCUGACAUUGUGGGAAGAAGAUUUGGUUCGCAAAAACUUCCUUACAAUCAGCAGAAGAGUUGGGCUGGUAGUGUGUCAAUGUUUUUAUUUGGUUUCCUAGUUUCUGUCGGGAUGCUCUACUAUUUUUCAAUCCUCGGAUACUUUAAGCUGGAUUGGGUCCAGACAAUAGAAACGGUGGCUUUGGUUUCAUUUGUGGCAACUGUUGUAGAGUCCCUUCCAACCGGAGGAUUAAUGGACGAUAAUAUCUCUGUUCCUUUAGCAAGCAUGGUAAUUGCAUUUUUUAGUUUUGGUCAUAUAGGAAUCUCGUGAAGCCAUAAGGCUAUUAUUUCAUGUUUAUAUGUGUAUCGAAAUACUAUUGCAAAUUAAUAAUUUCAUCAUAUUUGUUUAUAUC